AUGGAAACGUCACAAGAGGAAAGCUUUUUUAACCCCACGAACCAAAACUCAACCUCUAAACCAGAAGAUCCAAUCGUACGGCUUUCUUCUGCUUCUUCCUCUUCUUGUUCUUCCAUUGAAGCCGAGCCAAACCCUGAUCAGAGUUUCCUCAACAGCAACAACGUAGAGCAAUCAUCUCCUCCGACACAAAUCAUGGAGAGAACCACAAACAACGAAACAGCCACAACCACAACAACAACCUCAACCCCAAGUAAUUACAGAAUCCCUUCACACGUCUUCGCAAGAACAACAUCUACAGCUCCAGCUGAAUGGAGCACUCUCUCUAACGAGUCUCUCUUCAGCAUCCACAUGGGUAACAGUAGCUUCAACAGAAAUGAUUACUUCAAAUCUGGCGAGCUCACGUUUCCUCAGCCUCCUUCACCAAGGACUCCUACUUUGACUUCUCCGCACCUAAACACAAACCAAGGAGGAGGAGGAAGCGUAGUGGUGGAGGCAGAGGCCAAAACUCCGGUGGAUUUAGGUAAGAAAGCAGCUGAAACAGACAAAGCGUACCGUGCAAGUAAAGAAGAAGAACAAAAGGCUGCUGCAAGUAUUAGAGAGGUUAUCAUGGCUAACGAAGCUGCUAAUAACAACAACAACAACAAAGCCAAUAAAUUAGAUCGUACGGUUUCUCGUCGCUCGGAAGAUCUAAGCCUCAAUUCUUUCGCUUUUCCAAUAUUGGGGAAUGCAGACAAGGGAGGAUUACAAGGCUCAGCGCAACAAAAGAAACAGAGGAAGCUGUCGCAGCCAGAGACACCGAAGAUUUCGAAUGAGGCUGAAGGAGGAGACGAAGGGUUGAAGAAAGAGGAAGCUCCUAAACCUGUUACUAAUCCUAAAGCAGAAGCAAUUACUCGCAACCCUAGAUGGUUUUCUUGCUUCCCUUGCUGCACAAUUUGUAGUUGA